AUGGAGGGGAGCCCCAUCCCGGUGCUGACCGUACAAACCGCACCCUAUGAAGACCAGAAGCCGACUGGGGGCGGGGGGUUGCGCCGACCCACCGGCCUCUUCGAGAGCCAGCGCAACUACCUGCCCAACUUCGUGCAGAGCGUCCUGUCAUCCAUCGACCUCCGCGACCGCCAGGGUUGCACCAUGGUAGUGGGCAGCGACGGAAGGUACUUCAGCAAGGCUGCCACCGAGAUUGUGGUCCAGAUGGCAGCGGCCAACGGGAUUGGUCGGCUGAUCAUUGGCCAGAAUGGCAUCUUGUCCACACCUGCUGUUUCAUGUAUUAUCAGGAAGAUCAAAGCAGCUGGUGGAAUCAUUCUUACUGCCAGUCAUUGCCCCGGAGGACCAGGGGGAGAGUUUGGAGUCAAGUUUAACGUUUCGAAUGGAGGUCCUGCACCAGAUGUGGUUUCAGAUAAGAUCUACCAGAUCAGCAGAACCAUCGAGGAGUACGCCAUCUGUCCAGAUCUCCGAAUUGACUUAUCUCGACUGGGAAGACAAGAAUUUGAUCUGGAGAACAAGUUCAAACCCUUCAGAGUGGAGAUAGUGGAUCCAGUGGACAUCUAUCUCAACCUCCUUCGGACCAUCUUUGACUUCAAUGCCAUUAAGAGUUUGCUGACUGGACCUAAUCAACUAAAAAUCCGGGUGGAUGCCAUGCAUGGAGUUAUGGGACCCUAUGUAAGGAAAAUCCUGUGUGAUGAGCUAGGGGCCCCAGCAAAUUCUGCAAUAAACUGUGUCCCUCUGGAGGACUUUGGAGGACAGCACCCUGACCCAAACCUAACAUAUGCAACCACCCUUCUGGAGGCAAUGAAAGGAGGAGAAUAUGGUUUUGGAGCUGCAUUCGAUGCUGAUGGGGACCGUUACAUGAUCCUAGGCCAAAAUGGCUUCUUUGUGAGUCCCUCUGAUUCACUGGCCAUCAUUGCUGCCAAUCUCCCUUGCAUUCCAUAUUUUCGUCAGAUGGGAGUUCGGGGAUUUGGGAGGAGUAUGCCAACAAGUACAGCUUUGGAUAGGGUGGCCAAGUCAUUGAAAGUCCCUGUAUAUGAGACCCCAGCAGGUUGGAGAUUUUUCUCAAAUUUGAUGGACUCAGGAAGGUGUUCUCUGUGUGGGGAAGAGAGCUUUGGUACAGGUUCUGAUCACCUUCGUGAAAAGGAUGGACUUUGGGCUGUUUUGGUCUGGCUUUCAAUCAUUGCAGCCAGAAAACAGAGUGUGGAGGAAAUUGUUCGAGACCACUGGGCCAAAUUUGGUCGCCAUUACUAUUGCAGGUUUGAUUAUGAGGGACUAGAGCCAAAAAUGACAUAUUACAUCAUGCGAGACCUGGAGGCCUUGGUCACGGACAAAUCAUUCACUGGCCAGCAGUUUGCUGUGGGGAGCCAUGUCUACGGUGUGGAAAAAACAGACAGCUUUGAAUAUGUGGACCCUGUGGAUGGCACUGUGACCAAAAAACAGGGUCUCCGGAUCAUUUUCUCAAAUGCGUCCAGGCUCAUAUUUAGGCUCAGUUCAUCCAGUGGUAUGAGAGCCACAAUCAGGAUCUAUGCAGAAAGCUAUGAGAAGGACCCAAGCAAUCAUGAUAGGGAACCACAGGCUGUGCUGAGUCCUCUCAUAGCCAUUGCCCUGAAAAUUUCCCAGAUCCAUGAGAGAACUGGCCGCCGGGGCCCAACUGUCAUCACCUGAACUAAGGAAGCUGAUCCAGGGCCACAAGAAAGUACCAGGAGGGAGAGCUGUCUUUGCUGAUGCCUUCUUGCUACCUGUUUGUGCCUUAUAUGACUUUGAAAUGAUGUUUUGUUGUUGGGGGGAGGUGGGUGGGAAAAGAAGACUUCAAUUUCAUUUCAGCCUUAGCCAGUUGCAUUGGCUUACCAAUGCAAUGGUAUAUUUAGUAAUCUGUUAAAGCUGCAAUAUCUUUUAAAAUCUUCCCUCAUAAAUAACACACAAUCAAGAAUGAAACUUCCUUCCUCUCCAUCUCUAGUUCUCAACAGUCUCAAAGAGGAAAGGAGAAUUGGAUUGAGAAACAGCUGAAAGCCAUGUUUAUUUUAUACUAAAGUACUUCAGGACAAAAAGUUUAGAAUUAAGGAUAGAGAGUAAGAGCAAUGCCAGCAUAGAGAUGAAUUUAAAGAACACAGACAACUUCGGGCAGCUCAGAAGUAGGUACCCAAGGCAGCUGGAGCUCAAUACUUUGGAGGAAGAUUCCAGUGGCUACCAUGGAGCAGAUUCCAAUAUGACUCUCCUCAUCAGACCCCAUGGAUCACUAGCUGCCCAUUCCCAGCAUUCCUUCUCUUCUUGUCUUUUUAUUUCUCUACCAAGUUUCCUCUAAAACACAUGUGCACCCUUCCAACAGAACUUAUCAGAGGGAUAUUUCUCCCCAUUUACUUUCUAAAGAAUAGUAUUUCAACCAAAAUGCUGGUUUCUUUCCAAAAUUCUCCUAAACGUAUGAAUCUGUCACUUGUUGGCUAUGUAGGGAAACUAUUCCUUGGGAAAACUUUAUGGAAAUGGACAUUUUAAUUCUCCCAAACCAUGAACACAUCCCGCAUAUUAUCACAGGAUCAUAGGACACAUGUUUAUAUUGAUUGAUCCUAGGAGGUCAAAUCCCCCAAAGUCCAUUAUCUUACCAAUUAUGCUCACCAAUGUAUACCUUUUGAGCAUACUUCACAUAGGAAGGUAUUUGUCCGUAGGUUGGUAUCACCUUCUCUUUGAUAGGAGCCAAAGGAAGCUUAGAAUUAAUACUAAAAUGUGAAAUGGAUGCUGGGAGGGAUACUUGACUCACUUUUAUACCUUGGGAUAGAAGAAGAGCCAGGGGACCCUUUUAAGAAAGAGGAAAAUAGAUAGACACAUCUUUUCUUCAGUGGGGAAAGGAUACUGCAGCUGUAGUGACAUGGCUCUGUACUCCACAAGAAACACAAACACAUUGUGCAUGAGACUUGUUUGCAUAUGUUUUGCUUUCUUGGAACAUACUCACUCUUCAACUAACCAUUUGAGAUGGCUUGGUGUAGUCUGACUGUUUGGCAGAAUCUUGUGACUGGUCAAGAUGAAUCCAAUUGGAAAAAUGUUCCAGGAAGUGAAUUUUUCCUGUUUUCUAUCUAUGCUUCUGUCAGAAAUUGCAAUGACAUUUAGUAGUAAAUAAUAAUAAAAAAAAAUGGA